AAGUGAAAGUUAACCGGAAGGCACGGAGCAGGAGGUGAUCCGGAAGUGAAGGCUGCGGGGGAGGAUGCCGCUGCCCGUCCAGGUCUUUAAUUUACAGGGUGCAGUGGAGCCUAUGCAGAUUGACGUAGACCCACAAGAGGAUCAGCAGAAUGCACCUGAUAUCAACUAUGUGGUGGAAAACCCAACUCUGGAUUUGGAGCAAUAUGCAUCUAGUUACAGCGGCCUGAUGCGGAUUGAGCGGUUGCAGUUCAUCGCUGACCACUGUCCGCAGCUGCGGGUGGAGGCCCUCAAGAUGGCGCUGUCAUUUGUCCAAAGAACUUUCAACGUUGAUGUGUAUGAGGAAAUCCACCGAAAACUGUCAGAGGCCACCAGAGAGCUGCAGAACACCCCUGAUGCUGUCUCUGAUGGUGGGAUUGAGCCUCCUCCUCUUGAUACAGCGUGGGUUGAGGCCACACGGAAGAAAGCCCUUCUCAAACUGGAAAAGCUGGAUACGGAUCUGAAAAACUACAAAGGAAAUUCAAUUAAGGAGAGCAUCAGGAGAGGCCACGAUGACCUGGGUGAUCACUACCUUGACUGUGGGGACCUCAGCAAUGCCCUCAAGUGUUACUCACGAGCCCGUGAUUACUGUACCAGCGCUAAGCACGUCAUUAACAUGUGUCUCAAUGUCAUCAAGGUUAGUGUUUACCUUCAGAAUUGGUCCCACGUUCUGAGCUACGUAAGCAAGGCAGAGUCCACCCCAGAAAUUGCAGAGCAAAGAGGAGAGAGGGACAGCCAGACACAGGCGAUUCUCACCAAGCUAAAGUGUGCGGCAGGCUUAGCUGAACUAGCAGCUCGGAAAUACAAGCAGGCAGCAAAGUGCUUCUUGUUGGCCUCAUUUGACCACUGUGACUUCCCAGAGCUGUUAUCUCCUAGUAACGUGGCUGUGUAUGGUGGCCUCUGUGCAUUGGCCACCUUUGACCGUCAGGAACUGCAACGCAAUGUCAUCUCUAGCAGCUCCUUCAAACUGUUCUUGGAGCUGGAGCCUCAGGUGCGUGACAUCAUCUUCAAGUUUUAUGAAUCCAAAUAUGCUUCAUGCCUGAAGAUGCUGGAUGAGAUGAAAGAUAACCUGCUGCUGGAUAUGUACCUGGCACCUCAUGUGAGGACACUCUACACGCAGAUCCGAAAUCGUGCCCUUAUCCAGUAUUUCAGCCCCUACGUAUCAGCAGACAUGCGCAAGAUGGCCACAGCAUUUAACACCACCGUGGCAGCGCUGGAGGAUGAGCUGACCCAGCUGAUCCUGGAAGGAUUGAUCAAUGCCAGAAUAGACUCUCAUAGCAAAAUUCUUUAUGCUCGGGAUGUAGACCAGCGCAGCACCACCUUUGAAAAGUCCUUAUUAAUGGGCAAAGAGUUUCAGCGACGUGCCAAAGCCAUGAUCCUGCGGGCAGCAGUCCUGCGCAACCAGAUACACGUCAAGUCUCCUCCACGAGAAGGUAGCCAAGGCGAGCUCACUCCAGCUAACAGCCAGUCCCGGAUGAGCACCAACAUGUGAAAAUCUUCAUGUAUGAUCAAAGAACCCUCCCCCUCCCCCCCCCCACUUCUCUGACCCAGCUGUUCGUCCUAUGUCCUAACCACAGACUAUUGAGCCUCACAAACUAUCCCUGUCAUUCUCUCUCUCUUUCAUUGGGGCUGGAAGGGUCAGGGCUGAUGGUGGGGGCUAAUGUUCAGAUUCACAUAACUUAAUUCCUUUAGAACAGAAGCUGUCACUAAAUGCAGCGUCCCUGGAAUUGUCCAUCAUUUUAGUGCUGGUUGAUGUUCUCUGCCCUAUCCUCUGUAUCCUCCACCCCAGAAAGAACUGGUAGUGUAUUUCAGAGAGAUGCUGAUCUUGGGUCUCUUAAGCUGCUGUUAGAGCUUUCCAGGAUCAGAACUGCAAAGGAAGAUUGUAAGUUUGAUGGAUGGGGGUGUAUCUAAAGGGAGACUAUUUCACUGACCUGAAAGUGUUGCCUUGUCUCUGAGCAAUGCAUUGCUUUUUCUUUACUUCAAAGACCUCACACUGAAAUGCUCUCCAUGGUAGGGCCCAGCAUUCAGCCAGAGGGGAGCUCCUCUCAGGAAGCACAUUCUAGGACUUCUCACCCACCCUGGGAAAUAUGGCACUACUUCUGCAUACUCAAAGGCAUCUGUUUCAGGUUUUUGCACUUACCCUGGAGCCAACCUCUUUCAGUCUGGCCUGUCCUUUUUUCAAAGGCCUGUUUCCUAAUUUGUUCCCACAUGCAUAUCACUUGGCUUUGGAUUUUGGUGAUGGUUCGCCACUGCAGUAAGGCUCCAUCUUGUGCAUUUCACUUCAUCAGCGUACAGUGGCUUCUUAACCUGUGCACCAGUGGCUCCUGGUGGCCUGAGUCAAUGCCAUAGAAAUACAACACAUCUGGGGCAGAAACCAACAGAAGCCAGCCCAGGCGCCUGAUCGGCAGGUGCAUGUGUCCCAACUUUCCUUUUAUAAACGGGUUUAAGGUUGCAGCCCAGACCCCGGAUAGUGUUGUACCAAUGAACGUAGUCAAGUGUUGAAUGUUCUGGAAUUACAGCAUCUUUAUAUUCAUCCAGUCCCAUAGGACUGACUGGUCCAGCAAUUUACUACAAACAAAUGUUAUUGUUAAUGCUAUUUUUGUUUUAAAAUAAGUCGUUAUCCCUAGUGCAUUAAAGAGGGCAAUUAAAAAGCUCA